AUGUUCGUAAAAGAUAUAAGAGCUAAUGGAAAUUGUGGCUUUCGGGCUAUUGCUGGGUUGAUUGGUUUUGGCGAGGAUGCAUGGAUGCACAUCUGUCAAAACUUGAUUGACGAGUUAAGAACAUUAUGGGCAAAGUAUGUUGAUCUAUUUGGUGGUUAUGAUCGAGCAUGUUUCAUUGACAACUCACUGAACUUCUGGGAAUCAGAUAGAUCAGCACCACUUCAGAACUGGAUGACGAUGCCUGACAUGGAUCACUUGAUCACUUCAAGUUACAAUGUCAUAUUACAUCUUCUUAGUUUUGAACAAUGCUUGACAUUUUUGCCACUACGAUUAGUGUCUCUACCAUCACAUGAACAAGUUACUAUCACUAUCGAGUUCGUUAAUAAUAAUCACUUUGUCCAGGUUGCCUUGAUUGAUGAUUACUCGAUGCCUCACAUUAUGAUUCAAUGGUUUAGGUACAAGUACGAUUGCACAGCUGUAUGGAUUACACCAUAUACAGAAUAA